AUGGAAAGUGGCAAGAAAGCAGAAGCAGGCCCAUCAUCAACAACAACAACAACAACGGGAGGUGGUUUUGAUGAGAAACUAGAGAAGAAAAAGAAAACCUGUGAAAACCCACCUACUAUAGCAGCUAUUAUUGACGAUGAUGAGGAUGAUGAUGGUGAUGUUGUUGAUAAUGGAGUUCCUGUUGCUGGAUUUGUUCCUGGGCCUUUGCUAUCUCUCAAGGAACAGAUUGAGAAAGACAAGGAAGAUGAUAGCUUAAGGAGGUGGAAAGAACAGCUACUGGGCUGCGUUGAAAGCGAUUUGAAUGGGCAACUGGAACCUGAAGUCAAAUUCCACUCGAUAGGAAUUAUAUCCGAUGACAUUGGGGAAAUAAACACUCCCCUGCCUGUUGCUGAAAGCCAGAGUGGUCGUCUCCUUUUUACUCUCCGGGAAGGAUCUCGAUAUCAGCUUAAGCUAGCAUUCAAUGUUCUGCACAAUAUUGUUUCUGGUCUUAUGUACUCAAAUACAGUGUGGAAGGGGGAAUACAAGGUGCAUAAUCAUCUAGCCCUCUGCAUCUAG